CACAGCAUCCGCGCUUCCCCUCCCUCGGAACUCGCGGCGCGGUCGCCGUGCGGAGCACCGCCUCCUUCGACACCGCCCCUUCCUUGCAGGCGCCAACAAAGAGACGGAGGAGCUGCACGAGCAAAGUAUGACGGUAGGCGAGAAAGGAACCUCUGGACGGUGAGCGGGACCCACUUAACCGCCGCGACUUCCACGUGUCUUCUCCUUCUGCUGCAUGGCGCUGCGACUUGCUGCCUCGGAGGAUGCGACAGGCGGCGGCCGCUGCUUCGCCUGUUCCUCAUCUUCCUUUUCCUGAUUUCCAUUCUGUCCGUCCAAUUCCUUAUUCCCCAUCACCACUUGGACCUCGAUCUCACUGCGUGUCAUGGCGACGAGCUCCUCCCCCGCGGCCGCCAGGCGCGCCCUCUUCUCUUUCGCCGCGAUGCUUCUGCUUCAGAUGUCUCUCUCCGCCUCCAGGCCGAGCCUCACGCGGGCGGCCGCCCGCUGGGACCCGAUCAUCCGGUUGCCGUCGAGUAGGCUCGUCCCCGAGCCCGGAGAAGGCGGCCGUCAGGACGAGGAAGAGGAGACGGGGACCAAGUGGGCGCUGCUUGUGGCGGGCUCUUCCGGCUAUGGGAACUACCGGCACCAGGCGGACGUGUGCCACGCAUACCAGUUGUUGAGAAGAGGUGGGCUGAAGGAGGAGAACAUAGUGGUGAUGAUGCACGACGACAUCGCUCACAACCCGCUUAACCCGAGGCAGGGAGUCAUUAUUAACCAUCCACAGGGCCAAGACGUUUACGCCGGCGUCCCCAAGGACUACACCAAAGAGCAAGUCACUGCAAAGAAUCUAUAUGCUGUGCUUUUGGGUGAUAGGAGUGCUAUAGAAGGUGGAAGCGGAAAGGUUAUAGACAGCAAACCAGGUGACAGGAUCUUCAUUUACUACUCAGACCAUGGAGGCCCUGGGGUGCUCGGAAUGCCCAACAUGCCAUUUCUGUAUGCUGCUGAUUUCAUUGAAGUAUUGAAAAUGAAACAUGCAUCCAAUGGUUACAAAGAAAUGGUUAUUUAUGUGGAAGCAUGUGAGAGUGGCAGCAUUUUUGAAGGUUUAAUGCCAGAAAACCUCGACAUAUAUGUGACAACUGCAUCCAACGCUGUGGAAAGCAGUUGGGGUACAUAUUGUCCUGGAAUGGAUCCUCCUCCACCUCGUGAAUUUACAACCUGCCUUGGUGAUUUGUACAGUGUUGCAUGGAUGGAAGACAGUGAGACCCACAAUCUGAAGGAAGAGACAGUUGGGAAACAGUUUGAGGAGGUGAAGAUGAGGACAUCCAAUCAUGACACAUAUAACACAGGAUCUCAUGUGAUGGAGUAUGGUGACAAGAGUGUUAAAUCUGAUGUGCUGUCCCUUUACCAGGGCUUUGAACCUGCCAUUGCCAAUGUUACUGAGAAUGCCCUUCGCCUAAGAAUGCCAAUGGGGGUGAUCAAUCAGAGAGAUGCCGAUCUACUCUUCAUGUGGAAAAUGUAUGAACAAUCGGAUGACAGAUCGAGCAAAAAGAAGGAAAUUCUUGAGGAGAUCACAAAGACAUUGAUGCACAGAGUGCAUCUCGACAGCAGCAUCGAUUACAUUGGGAAUCAAAUUUUUGGAUCAGAAAUCGGUCCUUCGAUCCUCAGAGCUGUAAGACCGUCGGGUCAGGCACUGGUUGAUGAUUGGGAAUGCUUGAAGUCAAUGGUUCGAGCGUUUGAAUCACACUGUGGAUCGCUCACUCAAUAUGGCAUGAAACACAUGCGGGCGUUUGCGAACAUAUGCAACGAAGGCAUCUCAAAGGACGUAAUGGAAGCGGCUUGUUCUCGUUCGUGCAAAAGCUACGAUGGAGCUGCUGCCAUGUGGAGUCCAUCUCAUCGAGGUUUCAGUGCAUGAUCUUGUAUCGCCUCGAACUCUCUCUUCUCCUCAGCCUGCAGUAAUCAUGCUAUGCAAGUGAACAAUUACAAUCUGUUGCUAGAGAAAUCAUCUAAUUGCUCAUCUCUUCUCUGUAAAUGUGUUUGUGUGUGUGUUCUCUGUAAAUAUGGUCUUUAACUUCUUUGA